UGGGCCCCAGGCAUCCCAAUCCGACACUGGGAUAGAUAUUUCCCUCCCAGCCCAUCCUAAACAUUGUCCAUCACUCAGCAUUGCUCCAGCUCAGGCUAUCCUGCUCCCUGGAUGCAGUCUAUACCAGCAGACAGCCAGGGAGGGGAGACUUUAUUAUCACACAGCAUCUCAAGCCUCACAUGUUAAUUGAAUCGCACACCCCCCUCCUACUCUCCCAGAGUGUAUCGAUCCGCACGGUUACGUUCCAGCAGCAAGUUCAGUGCAAAUCAGUCCCGGGGUGACCCGGAGACCCGAGGAGGAGAAUGUUGCUGAGGCUGCUGCACUUUGGGGGGAUUAGGAACCCUGCUCUCUGCUGACUGGGUGGUUUUCAGUCGGUGAAUUAGUGGGAGAGGAGGAAGAAGAGGCUGCUCCAGCCUGGAGAUCCUGUGUGAGGAGGAAAAGAAGAACAGUAUCCCAACACACACACUUUGCCUCCACUAUCCCCCAAGAUGGCCACCAAUGUGGGAUCAAUGAUUCAAUAUUGGAAGCGGUUUGAUCUGCGGCGGCUGCAGAAAGAGCUGAAUUCCCUGGCGUCAGAGUUGGCUGCACGGCAGGAAGAGAGCGAACAUUCCCACAAGCAGCUUAUUGAACUCAGCCGUGAGUUUAAGAAAAAUGUCCCAGAGGAAAUGAGAGAAAUGGUAACUCCUGUCUUGAAGAGCUUUCAGGCAGAGGUUGUUGCUCUUAGUAAAAGAAGCAAGGAGGCAGAAGCGGCCUUCCUGAGUGUAUACAAGCAAUUAAUUGAAGCACCAGAUCCUGCUCCUCUGCUGGAAGCAACUCGUGGCUUAGAGGAUCGGUUGCAACAACUUCAGCGCAUCGAUCCUGAGAAUAAAGCUGUUAAAGAAAUCAGUCGCCACUGGAAAAAGUAUUCUGACUUCCUCUCUGCUGCUAAAGAGCGGAAAGAGGGAACUGUUCCAGCAGGGAUCCCGCUGCAGAGGGAGGAAGCCUGGCACUGUACCAUUAACAGCAAACUCUUUUCCACGGACACCUUUCAACAGAGAAGCCAGGCAGAAAGCGAAAAAGGCUUACAGGAAGCACAGAUAACAUUGGCUGUCAGACUUGGUGAAGCUGAGGAGAAGAUCAAGGUUCUUCAUUCAGCACUAAAGACGACACAGAGAGAGCUGCUUGACCUGCGGUGUCAAUAUGAUAAAGAGACAGCGUCUAAGACAGAUGAAGUGGGCAUGAUAAUGACCAAUCUUGAAAAAGCCAAUCGGCGAGCAGAAGCUGCUCAGCGGGAGGUUGAGAGUCUCAGGGAGCAAUUAUCAUCUGUAAAUAAUUCCAUUAGAUUGACCUGUUGUUCUCCACAAGCAUCUAGUGGGGACAAGAACAACUUCUCCUUGUGUUCAGGAUCUCACCUAGAAGCAGCAUUGGCUGUCAAGGAAAGAGAAAUUCUCCGACUUCUAAAAGACAUUCAGCACCUUCAGAACUCUAUUCAAGAACUGGAAGAGUCCUCAGCCAACCAGAUUGCAGAACUCGAACAACAGCUUGCCAUUAAAACAGAAGCCAUAGAGAAACUGGAAGAGAAGUUACAGCAUCAGUCGGAUUAUGAAGAAAUUAAAACUGAACUAAGCAUAUUAAAAGCAAUGAAGUCUGCAUCUGCAAAUUGUACCAUUUCCCAGGAAACUUCUACUCCAGAGGAUUCCUUGUUGAUAGCAAAAGAAGCAUUCUUCCCAUCUCAGCGUUUUGUAUUAGAAAAGCAGAGCAUCCUAUCCAGCAAUGAGGAGGAUCAGUCAGAGGAUGACUCUAUAAAACAAAGCCUUGGAGCUGAGAGACCCUAUUCCACUUCCCCCCGAACAUCAUUCCAAACGAGAGAUGGAGCUGUUACACCAAGUUCUUCUCAGUGCCUGCAGGAAGCAGCUGCUCAUGUUGGACAAAGAACUAUCUCCUCUACCUUCCCCAACACUAGUGAGCAGCUGCCCAGAGAGGCAUCUUUAAAGAAGCAAAUGAUGUCACCAGUGGUCAAGAGUGAAAAUAAUACUAUGCUUUCAUUCCCAUCUUCAUUCUACUCAGUAAAGCCCACCAUGCUGCCCAACCACCAUUCAACCACUGUUAAUAAUGACUCAAGCCCACUCAGUGAUCAAUCUGAUGCCAGCAAUUCCAGCUCAGCAGAUGAAGAACAUAUAGACACAUCUGAAAUUGCAUUGCAAAUUAAAGAGCAGCUGCUAAAACAUAAUAUUGGACAACGUGUUUUUGGACAUUAUGUCUUGGGCCUCUCCCAGGGUUCAGUGAGCGAAAUCCUGGCCCGACCCAAACCUUGGAGGAAGCUAACUGUUAAAGGGAAGGAACCUUUCAUUAAAAUGAAGCAGUUUUUGUCUGAUGAACAGAAUGUCCUCGCUCUGAGAACCAUUCAGGUGCGACAAAGAGGAAGCAUUACACCUAGAAUUAGAACUCCAGAAACAGGUUCAGACGAUACCAUAAAAAAUAUCCUGGAACAAGCAAAAAAGGAGAUUCAGUCACAAAAAGGAGGUGACAGAAAAGGCUCCAACGCUCCUUUAUCAUCAUCAUCAUCUUCUAGCACCACCAACAGCUCAGAGGAUGCAAUUAAGAGUAUCCUGGAGCAGGCACGAAGGGAAAUGCAGGCUCAGCAGCAGGUGCUGUUAGAAAUUGAGUCAGGCAACAGCCAUCGGUCUGUGAACACCCCACCAGCAGAACGACCUAUCCUUACACCUUCAACACACAAUGCUGCUCACAUCCAUAUUAAACAGGAAGAGGGUACCUUUGUAACCAGCACCACCUCCCUCCAGACUCCACUAAGUGUUCUGUCUCCUGUGGCUUUUGUGCAGAGCAUAAUACGCAAAGUGAAGACCGAGAUAGGUGACGCAGGGUCAUACUUUGACCAGCACUGGGCAACAGAAAGAAACCUCUUGAGUCGCCCCUUGAUGUCAGUUUCCCCAUCACUGUCGUCAUCUUCUUCCAGUUACUCAGGUAUGGUCAAUGGCAGACCGUGGAGACGAGCAGAGAACUAUGAGAUAACUCCCAGUGAGGAAGAAAUAACAAUGGCUGAUGAAGCUCACAAGCCGGUGGACGUGAAAACGGAAGCCGGAAUCCUUGACCAACAAAACAUAAAUCGGCUUUCUUAUUAUCCUGCUUAUGUCCCAAGGAAUCUCAAGCCCACAGUACCACCUCUGACUCCAGAACAGUAUGAGAUGUACAUGUACAGAGAAGUCGAUACAUUGGACCUUACUAGGCAGGUCAAGGAAAAGUUGGCAAAAAAUGGCAUCUGCCAAAGAAUCUUUGGAGAAAAGGUUCUUGGAUUAUCACAAGGCAGCGUGAGUGACAUGUUAUCCAGACCCAAACCCUGGAGCAAACUCACCCAAAAGGGUCGUGAACCUUUCAUUCGCAUGCAGCUCUGGCUCACUGAUCAACUGGACCAAGAAAUUACUCAGCAGCCAGCCCUCUCACAAGGCACUUUAAGUCCCUUUGAGACUCCGUCAUCUCCAUCACCAUCGCUAAGCCCACCAGAACAGAAGAGCCCUCUGCUCAUGUUAAACCUGGAGAGCACUAAAGAAAACCUACAGCCAGAGAGCAGACCUGCUUCUUCACUUAGUGGGAAAAUCUUUCCAAAUCACCAGGCUUCAGGCAUCCAGGAAAUGGUGGCCAUGUCUGCUGAGCUAGACACCUACUCCAUCACCAAGAAGGUUAAAGAGGUGCUGACAGAAAAUAAUUUAGGUCAGAGAUUAUUUGGAGAGAGCAUAUUGGGCCUUACUCAAGGUUCAGUAUCAGACCUAUUGUCCAGGCCCAAACCAUGGCACAAGCUGAGCCUGAAGGGGCGAGAGCCAUUUGUACGGAUGCAGUUAUGGUUGCGUGAUCCUCAUAACAUUGAAAAGCUCAGAGACAUGAAGAAAAUUGAGAAAAAAGCUUACCUAAAGCGUCGCUAUGGCCUUAUCAGUGGAGGUUCAGACAGCGAAUCCUCUAACACUAAAACAGAGAGGGCAAGUCCGAGCCCCCAACUGCAAGAAUACAGUCACCUGCAGAUGAAAAAGCCCAGGGUGGUGCUUGGGUCCGAAGAAAAAGAAGCGCUAAAGAAAGCAUAUCAGCUGGAGCCUUACCCAUCACAGCAAACUAUCGAGCUGCUCUCAUUUCAACUCAACCUCAAGACAAACACAGUUAUUAACUGGUUUCAUAACUACAGGUCGCGCAUGCGCAGGGAGACUCUGAUAGAAGGCCAGCAGGACAAUGACACCGAUCAAGAGCCAAGCAGCUGUGAUAGCUUCACAUCUAUAUGUACUUUACAUAGGGAUCCAGCACUGCACAGCCCCACCUCUGAAAGUGUUGACAGGAAACUGGUAGUUUGUGACAUGGAUCCCUUAAUGCACAAUGCUGCUUACACUGGAGAGAGGGGGGCUACAAGGAAAAUAAAGAAAGAGAACAUAGAAGAAGGAGAAGAAGGAAAGGACGACUCUUCUAAACGUUGUGAUUCUUGCAGCCCUGAACACACAUUGUGUUGUGAAACUAGCAGAAUGAGUAGAGAAGAUGAAGUUGCCUCAAACUGUGACGACUUUCAGAGACCACAUUAUCUAAGAAGAAGCAGUGUUUUUUAUGAUAAGUUACGUCCAUCUAGUGCGCAUGACUGUUCUUCUCACAAGGAAAUUCCAAACACAGAACGGCCGCAGACUGACCCAAUUAGCUUCAAGUCCACAGCAGAAUCUUCACGAAGCAGCCUGGAGGUGUCUUUAAAUUCUCCUUCAGCUGCCUCUUCCCCUGGCCUAAUGAUGUCUGUAUCCCCUGUACCUACUUGCUCUGCCCCCAUUUCCCCAUCCUUGCCUGGCACUGUGUCAGUAAAACUUCAUAAACUGAACCCUGCCAGUGACAAUGCCCCAUUACACCUGUCCACAAAACAUGGUCCCAACAACCAGAAAAGAAAUGAGAAAAUGGCCAAUUUAAAUAACAUUAUUCACCGGCUUGAGAGAGCAGCAAAUAAGGAGGAAACCCUGGAAUGGGAAUUUUGAAAAAUGGCCUAAAAACACAGUAUCUUUUUGUAACAAAUUGGAACCGAGUAAAGUGGAGAGCUUGCAGAGAACAUAUAUGGGAUAAUUUAUAUUUUAUGGUUCUUGUUUUGUGAAGUAGAGGUGUAUGAGAACAGGAGUUUAGAAAAACAAACUGCUUCCAAAAAUCCAUGAAAUGAAAAAAAAUAUUGACUUUGUUUUCACGUUAAAAGUAAUUCUUUUAGAAGAAAAAAUAUUUAUAGAAAUUUUAGAUAUUUUAUUAAAUAAUAUUUGGAAUUUACUACCAACCGGGGCUGCUUUGAUAAACGGAUAACUGUAACAUGACCGAUAUGUAGCAGUGAUUGUUCAAUAUAUAACGUAUCCACGUAGUUUGCCACUGGAUGAGAUUAAAUAACACUUAAGCCAUUGUUGAAGCACUAAAAGAAUGACUAAAUGAAAUAUGUUUCAAGUCCAGUCCUCUUCCAACAGCUGUUUUGUUUACCCCAAAAUAGAAUAGUCUGAAAGACUCUAAUUUCCAAAUGGGAUGUCAUCAAUGUAUCUUAAUCCCAUUGGUCCAUUUAAAAAAAAAAAGAAAACUACCAUAGAAUUCUGUGCAGUGUUUAUAUGUUGUGGAGAUGGACAGCACAGGGUUAGAACAUUACUUCACAGGUUAUAUAAGGGGUUCAAACAGAAUCCAACAUUCCUACCUACAUCCCUAAGUGGCAGUUUGUCACAUUGCUCACAUCAACAUUUACACAUCUAGUUUCCAGUAAAACCUGCCCAUUUGAGACUGUGCCAGGGUACUUGAUGCAUUUAGCAAAUAUAUUGCAAUUAUGUAUUUACAAGGACACUUCAUGACAAAGAACACAGGUGGCAAAUGAUUUUGACUAAUUUUACUUAGUAAAAGAUCCCCAGCAACUACAUGAUUUAUGAAGGUAAAUAUUUAUCAUUCUUAGGAUUUUUCUUUUGAAAUUCUUUCCCAUCUAAUAUGACGUAUUUGAUUCGGUUGGAAGACAGAGAACACUCUACUCGCAUUAAUACAGCUGCACGAGGUACUAUUAGCACUUCAUACUAAGCCAAGGAGGGGGUGACUUUUGGCAGCCCAGAUGCUGAUGAGCUAAUACUUCCAGCUUAAGUUGCUCGUGGAAAACUAGUAGUUUAAUAAUAUGAGGAGGGUGGUCGGUUGGCCCUGACUAUAUUGGGCUUUAGUUGUAUAUGUGAACCCACAAGAUGAUCACACAGCCUAAUUUAUUAGAACCUCAAUCUGCAUUUCAUGUAUUGUUCACUCUCUCCUGUGUAUUAACAAGUACAAGAAUUUACAGUCAUAGAUUUUUCAUCAAUCACAUAUCGAUCACUAGACUGAAAACAGUUUGAACUGUUCCUGGGCAAACUUAGUGCUUUUUACAUAACCCCUAGAGUGUUGCAUGAGAGACAUUUCCUUAACAACAAAAGCUAUUUAUUUGCAAUAAUAACAAAUGUCUCCCACAGAUUUCUCCAUUUAUAAGAUUAUAGUCCUGGCUUUUAAGUAAUAUGCUGCAGUUAGUCUUGAAUUUGUACCUCGGUAUAAGCCUAUGUUACUAUAGUUAGUAAAAGGAUUAAGCAGUGGCAUAAUUAAAUAUUACUGGGUCCAACAGCAAAUUAUUAUUCAGAGCCCCAAACUGUCUAGAGGUUGACCAAUGUUUAUUGAAAUUGUAUAUGAAUUAGGGCCUCAUGUGCCCCCUAUACCUCCUGGGCUCCCCUGCAUCUGCAGAUUUGCCAGUGUAUUUGUGCCCCUGUACCACAUAUGCUGCUCUUAGAAUUCUAAGCCAAGAAAUAGGCAAGUAAAGUCCAUAGAAGGUCCCAGGAUUGUGUUUUAUAUUCCUGCCGAAUAAAUGUCAGCUCCAGUGUAUGGCUAGAGUCGCAGUGAAAGUGCUACAGAAGUAAAGUUCACAAAAUUAUAAGAGGAUGCACAAAUACAGGCAGUCCGCAUAUGCCUCUCUGCUUGCAAUUGAUAUGGAACAUUCGCUACUAAAGCAUCUGGCUGGCUCAAACUUCAGUUUCCCAGCUGUCCCCAGUCAUGUGACUUGUGCUCCGACAAACUUCAGUCACUCUUUACUGCUGUACUAGAA